AUGUUCUUUCCACCUUCUCAAGCACAGGUCUGUUCUAGAGGGGUCAGCCCAGGGACACAAAAGCAAAACCGCCGGCGUAGCCGCCAGCCGGACGCCAAUGGGUCACCUGGCAGUCCCGGGCAGGGCUCUGUUAGUUCCAUUGAUGAACGCUCUGGAGUGUCCAAAAUGGAGGGCUCUGCUCAUGACCAGUCUAACAGCUCGGCCGAAGCGGCCAAACAGGAGCGUCUGAUGCGACUUCAAAUGGAUGACCUGGGCACGGCUCGCCGUGAACGGCUUUCCACCGAAGAUGACCCCAAAAACAUACAUCAUGUCCAGCACCAAGUUCUUGAAGCUACUCGAGGGUCCAAUAUCCCCGGUACGGAAGCUUACAGAAAAGCCAGCCAAAACCGGACCGCACUAGCGGCUUGGGCAAAAGUGGGAAAGAUUGUUGCGGCCCAAGAGUCAAGCCACGAACAGCUCGCAGACAUCGGCGGCGGCCAAUCACAUCGUGCCUCUCUCAAUGCUCGUCUGGCGGAAGCUCGAAGCUUUCACAAUGAAUCCACGCGUACCGCAUCUGCAAAGCGUGCUCGUAGGAAAUCAAGAGCCGGAGCUCAAGUUGCUCAGUCUCACCGUCACUUCAACCCUAUCACCACCAGGGCCAGUACGAUGCCCGUGGUGAGCCACUCUCGUUCCCAGUAUCCUCCGGCCAAAGUAAUUACGUCGGGCAAAGGACAAAUUGCGAAGAGCUACGAUAGCUUAUCCCAAUCGCCUUCUCAAGAAAGUGGCUCCCUCAAAGCACGCGGCCGCGGCCACGCCUCUCGUGGAAAUCAAGUUGGAGCUGUGCGAGGCCGGCCUGACACCCUGUCUUGCAGACAGAUAGGAAAUUGGGCAGACAAUAUCUCAAGUCCGCAGGUUUUUCUGGACAAUCUUCGACAGCAUCGCCACCUAGCAUCUCCACCUCCUGGCACUCAGACACCAUCUGAGCCAGUCCAGUCUACCUCUCAGCCCACCCGGUCAGCUUCUCGCUCCCCUCGUGUCAUUUGGACGCCGCGUCGGUCAGCUUCGCGCCUUUCUCAGUCUGUUUCACUGCGCACUCGGAGUCCUCCAGUGUUGACCCAACCUGAUCCUCAUGAGCCUGCACUUCAACCUGCCUCUCAGCCUAUUUCUCAGUCUAGUUCUGAGUUUGUUCAUCCUUCGGCUCUGAGUGGAGUUGCAGGAAACCUCGCUUCGGACUCAAAUAUCAGCGACGUGUCAGUGCUUGGCAUUUCUCGCCAAUCUACACAUCCUCUGCCCCAGCGGCGAAAGUUGGUACCGACCUCUCGUCGGCCACUUCAAAAUGACAUGACUCGGUCCAUGUCCACUUUGCCCCCACGGGACAAUCUUUUGCUGGAUUUUGAAGAUGAGGUCCAAAUGCCUACGCUGGGCCAAGAACGAGUCCUCAAUUCUGUUUAUUCCGAAUUGACGGGCCUGGACUUUGGCGAAUCUCCGCUUCUUGACUGGUCGACUUCUGUCACUCCAGCCAGGCCAGAUCAGACGCCUGCCGAGGUUGGAGCUGCGAUCAGGGCUGAAGCUCUUGACUUCAAUCGCUCUCGUGGCAAUUCUGCGCUUGAAAGUAUCCUGGGCGGUUCCCAUCUUCCUGACAACAGUCCUCCUGCGACGCUCACGUUUGAAAGCAGCCUUUUCCGUUCUGAUAUUAGAGUCAUUCCAGUCGCGGAUGAUCCUUUCUUUCUCUCGACCUCCGGUGUACCUACAACAGAGGAUGUCUCGUUUCAAGCCAGCCCUUUCUCAGUUGUGACUCACACGGGACAAGAUAACAAGAUCGCCGUCCGCGAUACUCACUCCUCACUCACAUCCCAGUCUCUUAAUCAACCUCUCUUUAGCAGCUAUCGAUCCCCAGAUGGUACUCCCUCCUCCGGGGAAUCCAAGAAAAGUAAGGCUCAUGAUAUUCCUUCGCCUUCGCGCUUGUCACCCAAGAAAGUAAAGCGAGCUGAUUUCAAUCCUGGUUUUGAGAGAUUGCGUGUUUCGGAGUCUCCCACAUGUGCGCCUGCCGCUAUACCUACGCUCGCUGCCGUCCCUACGCCUGCCGUCCCUUCGCCUGCCGAUGGCCCUAAGUUUGUUGGUACCCUGCGUCACUCUCGAUGGGCAGAGCCACGACUCACACAUCAUGAAAUUGAAGAUUCAAAGUCGAGGGUGAUCGGCGCCUGCUGCGCCUCGUCCCCAGCUUGA